AGCCGUGCGUCGCGCCCCACGUGGGGAAGUGGGAGCAGCCGCCUGCAGAGCCAGAAGAGCCGGCGGGCGGGAGCGUGGCCGCUGCUGAGCCGCAGCCAUGGGCGGCCUGGAGAAGAAGAAGUAUGAGAGGGGAUCUGCCACUAACUACAUCACUAGAAACAAGGCCCGGAAGAAACUACAGCUGAGCCUCGCAGACUUCAGGCGUCUGUGUAUCCUGAAGGGGAUCUACCCCCAUGAGCCCAAACACAAGAAAAAGGUGAACAAAGGUUCCACUGCUGCUCGGACUUUUUACCUCCUUAAAGACAUCAAGUUCCUCCUUCAUGAGCCCAUUGUCAACAAGUUCCGGGACUAUAAGGUGUUUGUCCGGAAACUCCGGAAAGCAUACGGGAAAAGCGAGUGGAAUACCGUGGAGCGGCUCAAAGAUAACAAGCCCAGCUACAAGCUUGACCAUAUCAUCAAGGAGAGAUACCCGACCUUCAUCGAUGCCCUGCGGGACCUGGAUGAUGCACUGUCCAUGUGCUUCCUCUUUGCCACCUUCCCGCGCACUGGCAAGUGCCACGUGCAGACCAUCCAGCUGUGCCGCCGCCUGACUGUGGAGUUCCUCAACUAUAUCAUUGCCUCCCGCUCCCUGCGCAAGGUGUUCCUGUCCAUCAAAGGGAUCUAUUACCAGGCUGAGGUGCUGGGGCAGCCCAUCACCUGGAUUGCUCCAUAUGCCUUUGCCCACGAUCACCCGACGGACGUGGACUACAGGGUCAUGGCAACCUUCACGGAGUUCUACACCACACUGCUGGGCUUUGUCAACUUCCGCCUCUACCAGUCCCUCAACCUGCACUACCCCCCCAAGAUUGAAGGCCAAGCUGAGGCAGAGUGGAAGCUGGAGGAGGGGCAGACGUACGCCAUGGACUCAGAGAGCUACAUGGAGAAGCUGUCGGCUCUGAGUGCCAGCCUAGCCCGAGUAGUAGCGCCGAACCCAGAGGACGAAGUGCAGGUGGAUGAGUUCCCUGUGGAUGGGGAGACUGCGGAGCAGGAGGUGGCGAGGAAGAAGGAGCAGGAGGCAGUAGAGAAGCAGAAGAAGCUGUUUGAGGGGCUGCGGUUCUUCCUGAACAGAGAGGUGCCUCGGGAGCCCAUAGCUUUCAUCAUCCGGUGUUUUGGAGGCAGUGUGUCUUGGGACAAGUCUGUGUGCAUUGGUGCCACCUACGAUGUGAGGGACCCAACCAUCACCCACCAGAUUGUCGACCGGCCCAGCCUGGAGAAACAGGUGAUAGGCAGGUAUUACCUCCAGCCGCAGUGGGUGUUCGACUCUGUCAAUGCCAAGAUGUGCCUCCCAGUGGCUGAUUAUUUCCCUGGCGUGCUGCUGCCUCCUCACCUCUCGCCCUUUGUUUCGGAGAAGGAUGGGGACUACAUACCACCUGAAAAGCUGAAGCUGCUGGCCCUGCAGAGGGGCGAGAACCCAGCGGAAGAGAGCGGAGAUGAGGAGGAGGAGGACAGUGGUGGUGAUGAUGAUGACGAAGGCUCUGAAAAGGAAGAUGAUGGGAAACUGAAGAAGCUGGAAGAGCAGCGAUCCCAGGGAAAGAAGCUGCCAGUGAAGGUGUCAGCAGGCACGGUGCGGCUGGAGGACAAGCAGCGAGCAGCCCAGGAGGAGCAGAGCGAGGAGAAGCGUCUCGCCAUCAUGAUGAUGAAGAAGAGGGAGAAGUACCUUUACCAGAAAAUCAUGUUUGGGAAGAAGCGCAAAGUCCGAGAGGCGACCAGACUCGCCGAGAAGAGGAAAGCUCAUGAUGCUGCCACAAAAUCAGAGAAGAAAACCAAGAAGGUGCGACGGGAGUGAUGGGUCUGUCGGGCUCUGCCCUCCCUCCAGGACUGGAGCUGCCCCUUGGCCCAAGAGACCUGCUUUCUAGACUGUACCUUGGGCCUUCUCCAGGACAGGCCAUACAACAGAAGCCACCAGCAUCUGGCCAGCCAUGACCUUCAGCUCUGUCAAUGCUCUGGGGACACCCUCAAUUACCACCUAUCCCCUCUAUUUAAAAACAAAACCAACCUCUUCCCCGAUCCUCUGGGACCCCAUCCAAGGCGAGGCUGCGGGAUUGUUCUUUGUCUGCUUCACCCACUCCAAUGCUAACAGGUCAUCGGUGGGAGGGGGCAGUGGAUAUCCCCCACCUGGUGUUUCCUGGCAGAGCCUCCAGGUAGGCAGAUGAGGGGUGUGCAAAGGGAAGAAUCCUUCCCGUGGCUGCAGCAGAUCAUGGAUGCAGCCAAAGGUCCCCAGAGAAGCCAAAUGGCCUGUUAAGUGUCAGCAGCUCUCCCCAGGUCAGGGGAGGGGAGGCUGUGCCUGGUGCAGGCAAACAUCUUGGGGCUCUGGGUACGGGUAAAAGCAGGACCCAGGGUGAGCUGGGCCAGGCUCUGAGCUGGGGCUCCUCCAGCAGGCUGGGCACCCUGGAGCCUGCGGCAGGUGCCCCUCUGAGGGAGGGUCCCUUUGCUGUUUGCUUUGCAGGCUGGGGAUCUGCACCGUUCCUUGCAGGCAGUGCAGGCAGGUUGUGGGGCCUCCUGGGAAAAGUUGGCCCUCCCCCCUGCCCCUGAGCUCCCCUUCUCACAGGGGCCUGUAAAUGACUGAUUUGUACUGUACUUUAUUAAAGUCAACUUUCACA